AUGGACGAAACCAACCGUCCCUCGAAAAGAGCCAAACGCACCCCCAACCCCAAUCCAUCCUCCUCCCCUCUAUCUCUCUCAGGAUCCCGCCUCUCAUCCCUCCACCGACCCAUCACCCCCCCAUCCCUCUCCCGCUCCAACCCCAACCCACCACAACCACCACAACCACCACAAUCACCACCACCACUACACCACCAGGAAUCCCCUUCCAACCCAACCCCCAAACCAAAACCCAAUCCCAUCAUAAUCCCCUCCCCCAUCCAACUAACCCACAUCCGCGACCUCCCCCCCUCCUCGCCCUACAACCUCUCCACCGUCCGUCUGCGAGAUAUCCUCGGCGACCCGCUGAUCAAAGAAUGCUGGCAGUUCAACUACCUCAUCGAUGUGGAUUUUCUCAUGGGCCAGUUCGAUGAGGAUGUUAGGGGGUUGGUCAAGGUGAGGGUUGUGCAUGGGUCGUGGAGGAGGGAGGCGGAGAAUAGGGUUGCUAUUGAGGAAGCGUGUGCUCGAUACCCCAAUGUUGAGGCUAUUGUUGCGUAUAUGCCGGAGCCGUUCGGGACGCAUCAUUCUAAGAUGAUGGUUUUGGUGAGGCAUGAUGGGUUUGCUCAGGUGGUCAUUCACACGGCGAACAUGAUCUCCGGGGACUGGGCCAAUAUGUGCCAGGCCGUGUGGCGAUCUCCACUGCUGCCGCUCCUGAAGGAUAGCAAGUCAGUAGCAAAAGUAAACGACCCCCGCGGCACCGGAGUACGAUUCAAGCGCGAUCUCCUCGCGUACCUGAAAGCGUAUGGACCCAAGAAGACAGGCCCGCUGGUUGAGCAGCUAUCGCAGUAUGAUUUCAGCGCUGUUCGCGCCGCUCUAGUUGCGAGUGUGCCUUCGAAGCAGAGGAUGAACGUGAGCACUGAGUCGUCGGGAGUUUCGACGAAGACGCUGUGGGGGUGGCCAGCUUUAAGGGAUGUGCUGCGAUCAGUCCCUGUUGGGAGGGACGGAGGAAGACCGCAGAUUGUCACGCAGAUAUCCUCUGUUGCAUCUCUCGGGCAGACGGAUAAAUGGCUGAAGGAGGUCUUCUUCGCGUCUCUGGCGCCGUCGUCUACAGCGGUCACUACGAAGCCGGCGUUCUCGAUCAUCUUCCCCACGUCAGACGAGAUCCGUCGCUCGUUGAACGGCUACGGGUCGGGCGGCUCGAUACACAUGAAACUGCAGAGCGCGGCGCAGCAGAAGCAGCUGCAGUAUAUGCGGCCGUAUCUGUGCCACUGGGCGGGUGAUGUCGAAGAAACAGAUACGAAGACUACGCAGCGGAGGUGGAGGCGGGAUGCCGGGCGUCGUCGCGCGGCGCCGCAUAUCAAAACGUAUGUCCGGUUCGCGACGGACGAGAUGGAUACGAUCGACUGGGCGAUGGUGACGUCGGCGAAUCUGUCCACGCAGGCGUGGGGAGCCGCCGUCAACGCGAACGGGGAGGUGCGGAUCUGCAGCUGGGAGAUCGGGGUGGUGGUGUGGCCGGAUCUGCUCGUGGAUGCAGGUUCCGGUAGUGACACAGACGCGGACGCAGCCACCGGACAAACAGUAAUGGUCCCUUGCUUCGGGAAAGACACGCCCGACGAAACCGCCGCCGCAGACGCAGACACUACCAUCGGCUUCCGCAUGCCCUACGACCUCCCUCUCACGCGAUACAGCGCGGAGGACGUGCCGUGGUGCGCAACCGCCGGCCACAGCGAACCCGACUGGCUGGGCCAGACCUGGGAGGAUUGAGGAUUGAGAAACCGCAGUGUUCAAUUCAUGUCUGAUGGAUGAUAUGCAUGCAAGCUCAUAAGUUCAUCGUUUACCCCACCCGCAUCCCCUACUCUAUACAUCCCGUUGAGCUGCCGGAUGUACAUCGUCUGCCCCACCCACACAUCGCUAAAUCUAAGCAUCGCGGGUACCGUACU